AUGGCUGUGGUUUCUAAAAAUUUGUUUACAUAUAAUAAUUUAAUUCAUGCUGUUUCUGGAGCUGUAGGUAGUAUGUUAGGGAUGGUAGUUUUUUAUCCACUCGAUACUGUGCGGAGUCGUCUUCAAUUGGAAGAAAGAAGAAGGUCUAAGAAUAGUUUCAAAAUUAUGAAAGAUUUAAUCCGUGAAGAAGGAUUCUCCACACUUUAUCGAGGAAUAGUUCCUGUUCUUCAAAGUAUAUGUGUUUCUAAUUUUGUCUACUUUUAUGUUUACCAUGGACUUAAGAAGUCAUUUCCUCAUAAGAAGAACAUGGAAUUAUUGUUUGCUACAUUAGCAGGAGUCAUAAAUGUUUUAUUAACAUCUCCAUUAUGGAUGGUAAACACGAGAAUGAAAAUGGCUGGCAUUAAUAAUGAAGUUGGGUAUAAAAAUCUCUUGGAGGGUUUGGUAAUAGUUUCUCAGACAGAAGGCUGCAGUGCUCUUUGGAGUGGUUCUAUUCCUUCUCUGGUUUUAGUUUCGAAUCCAGCAAUACACAUGGCUGUUUAUGAGUUUCUUAAAAAGCAAACAAAAAGUGACACAGCUUUGUCCUAUUUUGUUUUUUCUGCUAUUUCAAAAGUAGCUGCUACUAUUCUUACAUAUCCUGUACAACUGGCCCAAGCAAAGCAGAGGCAUCGAAAUUCUGAAUAUGAGGAUCAAGAUAUGAUUAAAAUUCUGCUUUACAUAAUAAGGAAGGAUGGUUUAAAUGGCCUCUUUAAGGGAAUGGAAGCAAAAAUAUUACAAACUGUUCUUACUACUGCCCUCAUGUUCACUUGUUAUGAAAAGAUUGCUGCAUUUGUGUUCCAGCUUAUGGCAUACCGUAAGCCUGUCAAAGGAUGA